AUGAUUGUGCUGACUUGGAAUUGUCGUGGUGCGGCGAAGAAAAGAUUCAAAAGCAUCAUGAAGACUCUUUCCAGUAAGUAUAAGGUGGAGAUGGUGGUGCUUUUAGAGCCUAGAGUUAGUGGCUCAGGAGCGAACACAAUUAUUAGUAGCCUUGGGUAUGGCAAUUCGAUUUUUGAAGAUGCAGUAGGUUUUGUAGGGGGGAUUUGGAUUUUGUGGAACGACCUCAACUUCUCUGUGGAGCUGGUGGAGAAGAAUUCCCAAGCUAUCCUUACAAGGAUUAAGCCUCACAACAGUCAACCGUUUCUUUUUUCUGCUAUCUACGCAAAUCCGAGAGUGGAAAAAAGAAGUGAGCUUUGGGAGGUCCUUAAGAGGUGGCAGCAUGAGUUUGAUGAGCCUUGGUUGGUAGCCGGGGAUUUUAAUGAAAUUCUGUCUGCGGAUGAGAAGAAGGGUGGUGCUCCUGUUGAUAUGGGAAGAUGUAGAUCCUUUGCUUCUGUCCUUGAUGAGUGUGUAAGCUCAUGGAUCUUGGUAGCUCAGGGCCUUUUUUCACCUGGAAGGGGCCAAAUGGUCCAAGUCCUUCCUAGAUCCAAUUCGGACCACAACCCUCUCCUUAUUGUGCUUUCCCCAGUCAACCAGGAAUGGGAGGAUCGUCCUUUUAGGUUCUUUCCUCCCUGGCUUGAGCAUCCGGGAUUUAAGAUCAUGCUGGAGGAGGAAUGGAGGAAGUCAGGGGGUACUAUGUCUAAUCUUAUGGGCCUGAUUCCGACUCUUAGACAUUGGAAUAUAAACACCUUUCGUAAUAUCCAUAAGAAGAAGAUGACUCUCCUCAGAAGACUUGAUGGUAUUCAAAGGAAUCUGGAGCGUGGUCAUAAUCCUUUCCUGGAGAAUUUGGAGAUUGAACUUAGUCUGGAAUUGGACCUAACCCUUGAUAUGGAGGAGCAACUCUGGUUUCAGAAAUCAAGGGCCAAUUGGAUCAGGGAUGGGGAUCGUAACACCAGGUAUUAUCAUACUAUUGCUGUGGCUCGCAGGCGCAAGAAUAAAGUCCUUUCUCUGAAGAAUGAGAUGGGUAUUUGGAUUCGUAGUGAAGAUGCUCUUAAAAGCUUGGCCUCUAAUUACUACUCUAAUCUGUUUGCUGAUGAUCAACCGGUUAGGACUUGGCUCUCCACGCAGGUUAACUGGCCUUCGCUGGAUCCUGCUGACUGUCAUCUUCUGAGCAAACCGAUUACUAGAGAGGAGAUUAAAGUUGCGUUCUUUCAAAUGGGGCCUCACAAAGCGCCUGGAAAUGAUGGCUUUCCUGCAAUCUUCUACCAUCGUAAUUGGGACCUGAUAGCUGAUCAAGUUUGUAAUGAUAUUACAGGUUUCUUCAACAACCCAGAAGGCAUUAAAUCGGUAAAUGAUACUCUGUUAGUUCUCAUUCCUAAAGUUGAUAUUCCUGAGAAAAUCGAUCAGAUGCGGCCUAUUGCUCUCUGUAAUGUCCUGUAUAAGGCUACCACGAAGAUCAUUGUGAAUCGGUUGAAAGGGGUCAUGGACAAACUAGUCUCCCCCUUUCAGACCAGUUUUGUUCCCGGGAGAGUCAUCCAUGAUAAUAUUAUUAUUGCUCAAGAAAUGACUCAUUCUAUGAACAGAUUAGCGGGAAAGAAAGCUUAUAUGUCGAUCAAAAUUGACCUUGCCAAGACGUAUGACAGGCUGAAUUGGAAUUUCAUUUAUCAGGUCCUCUUAGAAGCUGGUAUUCCUCUUGAUAUGGCAGAGGUGAUCAGAGCCUGUAUUACCUCCCCCCGCUUCCAGGUGUUAUGGAAUAGCAGCCGUUCUGAUCCGUUCUAUCCCUCGAGGGGUAUUCGGCAAGGGGAUCCUAUUUCUCCCUACCUAUUUGUGAUGUGUAUGGAUAAACUCUCUCACCUUAUUGCUGGAGCGGUGAGAGCGAAACGCUGGAAACCCAUGAGAGCGAGCAGGAAAGCACCGUUUAUCUCCCAUCUCAUGUUUGCAGAUAACCUGGUCCUUUUUGGGGAGGCAAGUCUUGUCCAGCUGGAUGUGAUGCUGGAAACGCUCAAAAAAAUUUGUGAUAUGUCUGGGCAGGUGGUGAGUAUCGAGAAAACUGUGGUGUACUUCUCGAAGAAUACUACUUCGGAGGUGAAGGAGUUGUUAACUCAAGCUAGUGGGUUUAAGGCUGCUGAUUCUCUGGGGAAGUACUUGGGCUCCUUUCUGUAUCAUGGUAGAGGUCGUUCCACCCUUGCAAAGUCAGUUAUCAGCUCUAUCCCUACCUUCCACAUGCAACAUGGCUCCAUUCCCCUCUCAGUGUGCAAUGAAAUUGAAAAGCUCCAAAGAGGCUUCAUAUGGGGAGACUGUGUUGAGAGGAAGAAGGUACACCUUAUAGCGUGGAACAAGCUUUGUAAGCCUGGGUGGGUUGGAGGCCUGGGUUUGCAUAACCUCAAGGUCCAUAAUGAAGCUUUCCUUUUCAAAAUUGCUUGGCAGAUUUUAAACAACAACAAUGCUCUUUGGGUCCGUUUGCUUCUGGGAAAAUAUGGCAGGAAGUUUGAUGUUAGAAGAUCCUCCUCAUCCCAACCUUAUGACUCUGUGAUGUGGAGAGCCCUGUGUAGCAUUUGGGACAGGUUCCUUGGGUGUCUUCAGUGGAAAAUUGGUAAUGGUAGAGAUGUGUAUUUCUGGAAAGAUUCCUGGUUGCACUCGAUUCCCACUAUCAGUGAAUUUUGCACCUCCUCCCUCUCCCCUGCUGCUUUGGAGGCUAAAUUCGCUGACAUGGUAGACCUUAACAUAGGGGAUUGGCAGCUAGAUAUCCCCCAAAGCAUGCUUCCCAAGGACGUGGUAGAUCAAAUUAGAUCAGUUAUCCCUCCAACGCUCUCGAGUGAGACUGACCGCCUGGUCUGGAAGAGUAACACAAACAAAAGGAGCAUUGUUAAACAUGCUUAUACCAGUCUUAUGGGGUUUGAGUAUAUCAACAGGGACCCAAUUUGGGGAUCUAUCUGGAGAUGGCAAGGGCCGCAGCGUUUUCGUCAAUUUACUUGGCUGAUUUUUCAUGGUAGAAUCCUUACUAGAGAGGUGACAGCAGCCUGGGGAGGUUCUCCUUUCUGCCAUGUGUGUCUGGAUAAGGUAGAAAACAUCAUGCAUGUGCUUCAUGAUUGCAAAAAAGCGCUCCCUGUUUGGAAUUUCUGGUUUGCAGGGAAUAUCCCCUGUGACUUCCUGUCCUUGCCCCAAGAGGAGUGGAUUCGAAAAAACGUAGACAAAGGGUGGACUCACUCUCAGCUUCUACCUUGGCAAGAUCUCUUCAAUACUACAGUCUGGUUCUUAUGGAACUGGAGAAAUAAAGAGACUCAUGAAGCUAACUUUUGCAGACCGAUCAAUGUUCCUCUGUUCAUCACGAAUUAUAUUAUGGAGUAUAAGAGUGCUGCUGUGAGUAAUGCACCCAGCAGCUUCCUUCCCCAGCCGAGAUGCAGGGUGAAGUGGAAGCCUCCCCCUUCAGGUUGGUGGAAACUGAAUGUUGACGCAGCUUUGAGGAGGAAUCCGUGUCAAGCUGCUUGUGGUGGGCUCAUUAGGGAUGAGUAUGGGAAUUGGGUUUCUGGUUUUGUGUAUAAUAUAGGUAGCUGUGAUCCCUUGACGGCAGAAUUUUGGGGCAUCCUAAAAGGUCUUCAAUUCGCGUGGGAAAUGAAAGUUCAGAACCUUAUUGUUGAGAGUGACUCCCUCCAGGCCAUCCAAGCUAUAGUCGGCAAGAGAGAGGACAACGCUUGUUACGCUCUGAGCAAUACCAUCCAGCGUUUGCUGGAUAAGGAUUGGCAUACAGUCCUGCUUCAUGUUCGUAGAGAGGGAAACCUUUGUGCGGAUUGGAUUGCUAAGUUUGCUUUCAAUGUUCAUGAUCGGUUUUUGGUGUUGGGUAGCAUCCCUUCUGGUUUAGGUCCCCUGUUAGAAGGGGGUGUUUGUGUUAGUUAG